AUGUCCGGUUGUUUCCGCAGUGGUCGUGCUUGGGACGAUUUUGACAAUUGUCUGGCUACCGUGUUUGCUGAAACUGUUGCUUUCUUCGACAGCUACGAACGCAAUGCUCGAGCUGUCCUUUCCCCAGAUGAUGCAGUCCGCCUCGGGAACGCCCGUCAAAAAUAUCUCACCUCUUGUGCUGCGAAGAGCGUCCCUCCAGCACCUAAUCUGGCGCAGCUGGCUACGCAGUAUGAGACCAGAUUUCAGAUCUUGGAGAAGCAGCAUAGCGAGUUUGUAAAGAGUUUUCGGAAAUUUCAGAUGCGAGUGGAGACACUGAGAAAUGAAGCAGAGCGGAGUCGAGGAGCUUCAAGGCCACCGGUUUCAGGUGAAGAACUGGGAUCGCGCUGUGGAGAGCUGAGCAAGUGGAUUGGGGAACUGUAGUUUCUUUUAUCUUUUUAUGUGGCUUUCGCUUUCGCCUUUCGGAGAUUCUCUCAAAGACAAAGUAAGUCAAGAUCGAUGCCACAGUAGUUCUUAAGAUGUCCAGGUAAACUUUGCUCGUAUGUCAAUCCCGACUCUACAACAGCAAUCCCGUCCUCGCAAGCUUAGAGGAGAGCAAACUUGCUUUGUGGCGCAUCGUUGAGCCAGAGAGCGACGGCGCCCAGAGUGCCCAGGCAUUGUUGAGCAGUGUCAAGGGAGCAGCAGGAUCGACAAAUCUGGAUGAGGCCGAAAAUAC